GGCCGACGCCAUCGUGAGACCCCUGGAGAGUGAACAAGAUCUGAAGCAAGAGCGCGCUCAGCUCCAGCGGCAGGGCAAGCAGUUCAAGAUCGUCUCAAGAGAAAACAUAGAGAACAGCGAAGUCUUUGGGGACCUGGCUACCCGCUCCGACAGCUGG